GUGUCCGGCACAGACCCCUCCUCCCCGCCGCCUGCCUCCGCCCGCCCGCCCGCAACGCUCUCCGGGGGACGCGGGGAGACGCCGCCGAGGCCCGGACCGAGCGCCGGGGCCGCCCCUUUUCUUCUUCUCCUUCCUCCUCCUCCUCUUCCUCCUCCUCCUCCUGCCGCCGCCGAGCCCCGCUGCCUUCCAUGUAGCGCGGCGCCCCGCGGGGGCUGCAGCAAGAUGGCGGAUCUGUCGCUGCUCCAGGAGGACCUGCAGGAGGAGAUCGACGGAUUUGGUGUGGAUGACUACAGCUCAGAGUCUGAUGUGAUUAUUAUACCUUCAGCCCUGGACUUUGUCUCACAAGAUGAAAUGUUGACGCCUUUGGGAAGACUGGACAAGUACGCUGCAAGUGAGAACAUAUUCAACAGGCAAAUGGUGGCUCGAAGUUUGCUGGACACUUUGAAGGAAGUCAGUGAUGAUGAGAGAGAUUGCAUUGCUGUGUUGGAGAGAAUCAGCAGAUUAGCUGAUGAUUCAGAGCCUACAGUGCGGGCAGAACUGAUGGAACAGGUGCCUCAUAUUGCUAUGUUUUGUCAGGAAAAUAGACCUUCAAUCCCAUAUGCUUUUUCCAAAUACUUGCUACCUAUUGUGGUACGGUACCUUGCAGACCAGAACAACCAGGUAAGAAAAACAAGCCAGGCAGCAUUGUUAGUUCUGCUGGAACAAGAACUCAUAGAGAGAUAUGAUGUGGAGACCAAAGUAUGCCCUGUUCUGAUAGAUUUGACAGCUCCAGACAGCAAUGAUGAUGUGAAGACAGAAGCCGUGGCUAUAAUGUGCAAAAUGGCCUCCAUGGUGGGAAAAGACAUCACAGAACGACUUGUUCUUCCUAGGUUUUGUGAGAUGUGCUGUGACUGCAGAAUGUUUCAUGUUCGUAAGGUAUGUGCAGCCAACUUUGGAGAUAUCUGCAGUGUGGUUGGGCAGCAAGCCACUGAAGAAAUGCUGUUGCCGAGGUUUUUCCAGCUCUGCUCUGAUAACGUGUGGGGAGUUCGAAAAGCCUGCGCUGAAUGCUUCAUGGCCGUUUCUUGUGCAACAUCACAAGAAGUCCGACGGACGAAGUUGUCAACCCUUUUUAUUAAUUUGAUUAGUGAUCCUUCACGAUGGGUCCGUCAAGCUGCUUUUCAAUCUCUGGGGCCUUUCAUAUCAACUUUUGCUAAUCCAUCCAGCAGUGGUCAGUAUUUUAAAGAAGAAGAUGGUAAAAACCCAGAGGAUCAUGGUUCUUCACAGGAAAACAGUGAACAAAUCAGAACCCCAGAAGAUGUCACAGCAGAGGAUGAGCACAACAGAACAGAGGAUCUGUCUUCACGUGUCGAUAGUGAUGAUUUUGCAAGAAAACUUGAAAAUGCCGUGGGAGAUCAAAAUGCAGUGGCAAAUCACUCGCAGCGGGAAAGCGAUUUCCAGGCGGAGUCACCCUUUCAUUGCACUUCAUCUUCAGAACCAUGCGGGGAAACGGCUGACGAGAACGAGCGAAGUUCUCAUCACUGUACAGCAGGACUGCGGGAGGCCGGGCAAAGUUCACAGGAAACCUCUCUUUCAGAGCAGGAACUGUACAACUCCUUUCAUUUCUGGAGGACUCCACUUCCUGAGAUAGAUAUUGACUUUGAGCUUCAGCAGACCUCUGAGAUAAUACUCGAUAGAGAAAUUCAGGAACUCACAAUGCCGGUGUCUCCAAACAUUCCUAUGGCAACAAGGAAAGAGCUGGAAGAAAUGAUAGAAAAUUUGGAACCCCACAUAGACGAUCCAGAUGUAAAAGCACAAGUGGAGGUGCUGUCUGCUGCACUCAGAGCAUCCAGUCUGGACCCUCAGGAAGAGACGACGAGCAGCGUGGGCAAGGGAACAGACUCCCAGGCUGAGCUAACCAUCAGUGACCAACAGAACUUUAAACCUAUCCUGGGUGAUAUCGUGCCUUUAAUCGGUGACGCUGUUGAGAACAUGGAUUCCACACUUCACUAUAUCCAUAAUGACUCGGAUUUGAGCACCAAUAGUAGUUUCAGUCCUGAUGAAGAAAGAAAAUCCAAAGUGCAGGAUGUUGUACCUCAGGCCUUGCUGGAUCAGUAUUUAUCAAUGACCGAUCCAUCUCGCGCACAAACCGUUGAUACUGAGAUCGCCAAACACUGUGCCUACAGCCUGCCAGGCGUGGCGCUGACAUUGGGCAGGCAGAACUGGCACUGCUUGAAAGAUACCUAUGAGACUCUGGCGUCUGACAUGCAGUGGAAAGUUCGGCGGACACUAGCAUUUUCCAUCCAUGAACUUGCCGUCAUCCUUGGAGACCAGCUUACAGCUGGAGAUUUAGUUCCUGUGUUCAAUGGCUUUUUAAAAGACCUAGAUGAAGUUAGGAUAGGUGUGCUUAAACACUUGCAUGACUUUCUGAAGCUCCUUCAUCUCGACAAAAGACGAGAGUAUCUUUAUCAGCUCCAGGAAUUCCUAGUGACUGAUAACAGCAGGAACUGGCGUUUCCGUGCAGAGCUGGCUGAGCAGCUGAUCUUGCUUCUAGACCUGUACAGUGCCAGAGACAUCUAUGACUACUUGCGACCUAUCGCGUUCAGCCUCUGUGCAGAUAAAGUGUCUUCUGUCCGCUGGAUUUCGUACAAGCUGGUUAGUGAAAUGGUAAAAAAGCUGUACAUGGCUUCAACAUCAACCUUUGUGGUAGACCUCAUGAACGAACUUGUUGAAAAGUUCUGUAGAUGCCGCAAAUGGUCUGGUCGGCAGACUUUUGUCUUCAUCUGCCAGACUAUCAGUGAAGAUGACUGCCUGCCCAUGGACCAGUUUGCUGUGCAUCUGUUGCCACACUUGCUACACUUGGCAUCUGACAGGGUUCCAAAUGUUCGAGUCCUGCUUGCAAAAACAUUAAAGCAAACGCUUUUAGAGAAAGAGUAUUUUCUAAACUCUGCCAACUCGCAUCAAGAGGCCGUGGAGCAAACAAUUAUGGCGCUUCAGAUGGACGACGACAGUGAUGUCAAGUAUUUCGCAAGCAUACACCCUGCCAGUACCAAAAUCGCAGAUGAUGCUAUGAGCACUGCUUCAUCAACGUAUUAAAAACUUCCUGAAUGUUGCUAUAAUUAAAAAAAAAAAAAAUUGAAACAAACUAUCCUCAUGCUUCUAAAAUGGUUGAUAUAGGACAACCUCUUUGGAAGGAGAGUUUUCUUGCCAGACUUAACAGGUGGAUGUUAUCUAAACCUGAUACCAGGGAUUUUAAGUCAAGAAAAAGUAAACAUAAUUAUGUCAGCUUGACUGUAGAAAAACACUGCUCAGAGGAUUAUUUUUGCCACCGAAGCCUUAAAUCUUCUGUCUUCCUGAACAAAUGAAACUUGAAUUGGCAGAUCAUUUUCAUUGUAGAAAGGAUGGGAUUUCCAGACACCUGCAUUGUUUCUCCUGAGGAGUUAACUUAGCAAGUAUUUUCUAUAGCAACUGAUAGCUGAAAUGGCUGGAAAGGCAAAUUUAUGCCAGGAUGUAAGACCUCCAGUAUUAGCGCUCAGAGUUUUUAUCGUUCAAGGACUUGAUCUGUGUGCAGCUGGGCACACCCUUAAGUGGGAAUAGCUUUGAUGUGUGUAAAUGGGGAAAGUAGAAAUUUGGAUUUCUCUUAAGGGCUCAGUGCUAACACUAAACUAGAAUUUGAUUUUAAUCCUUAAAUGCAGCAUAUUGCUGUACCCAUUAGCAGAAAACUUUGCUGAGUACCUGUGUCCUAAUUAUUUUCAUGCUGGUCAUGACCUAAAGGAAAUUUAUUAGCACAUAUACUUUAAGUCAGGUAUUUUUAACUUGAUCAUGAUCAGCUCUGAGGUGCAACGUUUUUCUUCAUUUACUGUACAUAUCUGUGAGCCUCCUUGGAGUGCUGCAGUCUUUAAUCAUGUUGUUUAAAGCUGUUGUGAUACAAGUUGUUCUCUACUUGUCCAAAUAAAAUUUAUUAAUAAGAUUGAAAGCAAUCUUGUGACCUUUUUAAGACAUUAAAAGAAUAAGUUUGAAA